AUGGAAACUUCAAAUUUAUAAUACAAUCUUGCCACUCUAGUGGGUUAAAUACAACUUUUGAAAAAGUUGGGAGACAAAGAAAUUAUUAAAUAAUAAAUUUCAAUAAUUUUUUAUUUAUUUUUUGUGUGUGUUGAAUAAGUAUUCAUGAUUAAAGGGGGAAAAAAAACCUUAUCUCAUAUGGGAAAUGUAAUUUAAUAAAAUUUCUUAUAAAAUCCAUAACAAAGCAAAGAUCUCUUUCCCAUUAAAAAUUUGGAAAUUAAUGUGAUAUUGGGUAAGGAUAUUUCAAAGAGAGGGGGGGCCUCCCUUGUCUCCUUUGUGGGAAGUAAAUGUGACUACCAAUGCAAUCACUAACACACAUAGCUUUCCCCUCAUAAUUAUGAGCACACCCAAUAAAGUAAUUAGUCUAUAUUCUCCUCAUCAAACAAAAGCUAUAGAUUGAAAAAGAAGAAUGAAGAGGUCUUAACCAUACUAAUCUAGUAUUAAUAACCCAAGUUUGGGCAAAUGCCUGCAAUGGAAGGGCAGCGUGCUCUACGAGAAGGCAAUUUUGCUGCACAUACAUAAUGCAGCAAAGCGAGGCUCCCGCUCUUCAAAACAAUUGGGAUGGUCAUUUACCAGAAAAUGUUUCCUCAACACUUCUUUGUGGGAGGUGAUGAUCUGUAGUGUUAUCUUUCUUUGGUGUUUGUUUUGUCCUCCCCUGCUGUUGGGUUGAUGAUCCUUGGGGGAAAAAAGAGAAGAAAAGAAAGAGAUAAGAGAGGGAGAGAGUAAAAGCCAUAUAAAACUCUAAAAAAGUUCGAGGUACAAGUACUCAAGUCAAGAGACUGAAAAAGAAAACAGGAGUUGAUGUUUGUGCUUGGAUCGAUGUACAUGUGUAGACAUUGCAGCAAAUGUUGAUUGCAGCCCCCAUCCCAAAUUAUAGGUAUUCACUAUUAACUAUUUAGUAGUAACUUGAGAGAUCCAAUACAAUCAUACCAACCAGUCCACUUUUGAAUUUUCUUAAAAUAAAAAUAUGAACUUAUGAAUUAAUGAGCAAAUUUGUUUGUCCUAAAAAUAUAUAUAAUUAAUGGAAAAAAUUUAAAAGGUCCAGGAACAAGAGCUCUCCAACUGGAAACCUCUUUUUUUUAGUUAUGGAUUUGUAUUGAACACACUUACACAUGCAGCUACCUCAAGGUCCUCAACAUUAUUGUUCUCAACUUGUCAGCUUUUUGGGCUUAUAUUCAUUCAAUAGAUAUGCUUAUAUAAUAAUUGAUUAAUUGAAGAAAAAGACAUAUAUAGUAAUAAAUCACUUUCAAGGCAUAAUUGACAAAUGGGCUAAAGAAAUUGGGCAUCCCUGUCAUGGGAGAAAUUUAAGGGACUUUCUGUCAUUUUCUUGAGUCUGUUAUUUGGCAUCUACCACACAAUCUAAGGAUUCAAUUGCAUGCUUUGACAAAAGUGUGUGCAUUUGUGAUCAUUUCAUUACCUGAAAUAAAGUACAUAAGAAUUUGGUUCUCUCUCUCUCCUUCACACAUAAAUUCAAUAUAAGAAUUUAUGGUGAAAAUUGAUGAAGAUAUUUUGAUCAAACCAGGUAGCUUUUAUUAGACAAAUUAAUUUCUUGAAAAUAAUCAAAGCUUUAUACAGCAAUGUGUAUGCAAUGAAAAAAUGGACAAAUAAAAUUAUAUAUUUUUUUGUUUUAUUUUUUUCUAAUGGAAACAAAUCAAAUUGAGGAACCUUGUGCAGUUCUUUUAUGUCUUCAAUGCACCGUGCGGCAAUCUUCCUCUCUUGGCCACUCUUUUUGCGUUUAUAAAAGCUUUUCCUUAAUUUUUAUUUAUUUUUUAAUUUAUCCAAAACAUUGCUUACCAAGUGUGAACUAGAAGAAAAACCCAUAAAUUCUCUCAUGACUACCAGGCGUCAUUGCCUGAAGCCUCCACAUGGGAAUCCUCCCUUUGAGUUCCUUCGAAGAUAUGGCAAUGGCAUGUCAUAUUUACGGUAAUAGCAUACAAGAAAUGAGUGCGAGAGAAAUAAUAAAGGAGGGGAGAGAGGAAACCCAUCUCUUUCAUGGAAUUUGGGAAAUAGGUUUUUCCCAGAAAAACCUGUUGUCUGAAAAGACUGAAAUGGUGAAGUUUGGCAGUUAAAAGUUGGCAUUUUUAUCAGAAAAUGUAAUCAAAACAACUGCUACAGUGGAGUAAAAGAGGUAAAAAAAAGGGAGACAUGUAAGAGAGAGAAAAGACAAGACAUCCUGAGUUGAUGGGUUUUGACAAUUGGGUGUGUCCCAAUAUUUUAUUGUUAGUUGUCGUCUCGCAUUUCUUGCCCAAAACAGUGAAGACUUAUGAAAGACUAGGACUUUUCAGGGUCACCUUCUUCAAUCAAAGAGAGGACCCCCUUCCCUUCCUAACCCCCUUUUUUUUGUCUUCCCCGUUCAUGGAUCCCAAGAACCCCAAAAACCCACAUGAAAUCCCGGGUUUCUUGACCCAACAACCGAAGCAGCAUGAACAGAACAACAUGGGAGAGAACAAACCAGCAGAAGUCAAGGAUUUCCAGAUUGUGAUUGCAGACAAAGAAGAGAGCAAGAAGCAGCUGGCACCAAAGAGGACCUCAAACAAAGACAGACACACAAAAGUUGAAGGUAGAGGAAGGAGGAUAAGGAUGCCUGCGCUUUGUGCUGCUAGGAUUUUUCAAUUGACGAGGGAAUUGGGUCAUAAAUCUGACGGGGAAACCAUACAGUGGCUGCUACAGCAAGCUGAACCAUCGAUCAUUGCAGCAACAGGUACUGGGACAAUUCCAGCCUCUGCUUUGGCGGCUGCUGGUGGUGCUGUUUCCCAGCAAGGGGCCUCUCUUUCAGCAGGACUUCACCAUCAAAAGCUCGAUGAAUUGGGUGGGUCCAGCAGUGGUAGGACAAGUUGGGGAUUGGUAGGAGCCAAUUUGGGGAGGCCCCAUCAUAUGGGAACUCCUCCAGGGUUAUGGCCCCAAGUGGGUGCUGGUGGUGCCUUUGGAUUUGGGUCGCCACCUACGACAACAUCUUCUUCUGGUCCAUCAACAACAAAUUUAGGGAGUGAAAGCACAAAUUAUAUGCAAAAAAUUGGGUUUACUGGCUUUGAAUUGCCAGGUGCUAAUAUGGGUCCUAUGAGUUUUAGCUCAAUUUUGGGUAGUAAUCAGCAGUUGCCUGGACUGGAGCUUGGGUUGUCACAUGAUGGGCAUAUUGGGGUUCUGAACCCACAUGCUUUGAGCCAGAUUUAUCAGCAGAUGGGACAGGCUACAAUGCACCAGCAACAUCAGCACCAACAGCAACACCAGCACCAGCAGCAACAAGGUUCAGCUAAGGAUGAUUCUCAAGGAUCAGGACAGUAGGCUUAAAGCAGUCCUUUACACUGUUUCGAGAAAAAGGCCGAGUCUUGCUUGUAAUGGAUUUCUGUAUUGUGUAAUUGGAAGAAGAAAAGAAACAGAGAAAAAAGAGAUACAAGAGAGAUUUUUUAUAGGACUUGGAUUUGGUUUUGCCUCUUCCUUCUUCUUCACCACUUGCUGUCAUCAGCCAAACCUCCAUGUUCAGGUGGAAUUGCUGCACAGACAAAUAGCUUUGAGAUUGGACUUAACUUCUUGUUUAAUUCAGAAGUGUGUGUAUUAUAGGGUAAGGCAUCUUUUAAUUAUUUUGUUCCUUUUCUUUUGGGUCUGCUUGGGGUGAUGAUCAGUUUGUUUGUGAGAUUAAACAUAGAAAAUCCAUACUUGUUUCAAUCUCUUAGAUGUAGUGAAGAUUCUUGUUCACCAAUCUUACAUGUUUUGCUGAGGUUCUAUUCAAUUUGUCUUGUCCUUUACUUGUACAUAGUGCAUUAGUGCUUGAUGUCUCUAUAUGCAGCAUGUUCUCUAGGUCUAAUCCCAUCUUAAAGAGAAAAAAUGGCUUCUUUGUUUC